UUGUAACCCAGAGUAUUGGUGAAGCAGUACAAAGUUGUUAAUGACAAACUGUACUGAAUCUGUUAAAAGAAAAGUUUAAAAGGUACUCAAAGGUACAAUAUACACUGAGCACUCAUAAAAAACAACCUGUACUGUGUUCUUGUAAAAAAGGCUGUGUUACCCAAAGCAGAAACAGAAGAAAGUAGUACAAACUAUACUAACAACAAUCCGUACUGAGUCCGUGUAAAAAAAAUAAAAGUCGUACUGAAAGUUGAUAAAAGAGUGUUGGUACAGAAAACAGUAGUGUAAACUGUACUAACAAUCCACACUGAGUCCGUGUAAAAAAAACAACCAAAAAACUUGUACCAAAAGUUGUUGAAAGUCAGAGGCUGGUACAGAAACUGUAUUAACAAUCUGUGAGUCCUUACGUGUACAAAAAAAACCAAAGUUGUACCAAAAGUUGUCAGAACUCGGAGGCUGGUUAUGGAGAGGCUGAAGAGUGAGGAUGUGUCGACACAUCGGCCGUUUGGUCUGUCCUGGCUGGACUCUUGUCUGCACGAGACGCUGCUCCCAAACACACCGUGGCAGAAGGUGCAAGAGAAGAUCAGCGAGCGGUUUGCGCGGCGGAUCGAGAAGCAGCUGAACCACAGCGACAGGAGACAGAUGAUCUUCGAGUUGCUCGGCGAACAGUUCGUGGAGAAGUACUUCCCCAAGUACCCCAACAACCCAACUCUUAUUGAACCGCCUGCGGUGGACCCCGCCCGUAAGGACGUUCUGAAGAAGGAGGCGCAGGCGUGGCUGCAGCAGCAGCUGUACAAGGCGGCGCGGGACGUCGGCUGCCAGCGAGCGCCGGGACAGGACUACCAGGCAGACACCGCACCUGAGAUGGUUGAAUUCGUGGAGCACACCUACCAGGUGUUCUACACAGGCAUGGACAGGCAGCUGGUCAUAGAGGAUCAGCUCAGACAGAACGAGGAAGAGCCAACAUGGAAGAAAGAAAAACAGCCCGGCCGCCCCAACAACCGCCAGCAGCAUGGGGAUGUGAAACGACAAGAUCGUCACUCCACAGCGAGGUUACAGGGAGGUAAGCCCCCCCAGUCCUGGGGCCCGGCCAGCGACUCCCUCGGCAGACACGUCGUCGCCAUCUUAAAGCGAGACCCAAGACGUCUCCAGGAGGUGUGCAGCCGGCUGCUCGGAAAGCAGCUGCCGGGAACCUUAAGGAUGUAUGUCUGGACAGAUGUCUUAAUGAAGGAGGAGAGGAGGAAGAUCAAGGACCACUCCGUGAAUGUAGAGAAGAUGCUACGUGAGCGGUUCGGACGAGGCAUCGUGCAGGGUGUCCAGGCACUGAAGCUGAAGAGUGCCACCAGAUCUCCUAUCUCUGGACUGGUGGAAAAUGCCGUCAUAGAGAUGUAUGACCGGACUCCAGGCAUGCAGGCGUACAGUCAGCCGGAGCAGUUGAAGGAGGCAGCUCGAGUCCUGAACAUCUUGUACACGUACGAUCGCAGCUAUGAACCGUACCUCAUCCACUGGCUCUUUCCACUACAGCUGGUGUACAGGGAGGGCUGUGACCAAGAGGAACACCCCUAUGAGCUGGCCAUGUACCUGAAGCUUCUGGUGGACUCCCGCUUCCCGAAGUGGCCGGAGGUUUUCGCCAUCGCCGAGCGAGUGAUGGACCGUCUGAAACAGGAGGACAGACACCUGCACAGACACCUGCUGGAGUGUUCUCUCAAGAACGUCUCCUUCGACCCCAAGGAUUUCCUGGUACAGUUGAUCCAUAAGGAGAAGGAGCAGGCUCAGUCCGGUGGGAAGGGGGGGCAGAAACCCGUCCAGCCGUCACCCGAGCUGCUCGCUAACCCGCUCAUCUUCGUACGCAAGUGGGUCGGAGAGGGCUUUGUGAGUGUACUGGAUGCCCAGGCUGUGCUGUUAGUCUGGGAUCAGGCCUUCAUGACAGACUGGAAGCACAAAGUGUUGGAGGACUUCUGCCUGGUGAUCCUGCUGCUCCUAAGGGACCUGCUGCUCCAGGCUACGGACUACCACACUAUGAAAGGGGUACUCCUCCUAGAGCCCUGUCGCCUGUACACAGCAGACAUACAGCGGGGAUGGAUGCACCUUCAGCAGGGCGGGCUGCCUGCAGAUCUCCCAACUCUCAACAGGAGGCGCCCCAGCACGGCCAUACCUGCACAGUCCCCCCUCCGCACCAGGCCGGAACCCUCCCCCUCCCCCAGGUUUGACCUUGAGCCUGACGAGCUGGGGCCGGUCGGACUCAGGAACUUCAAGGUCAAGCUGAUCCUGCUGAGACAACGGCCCGGGGACGGGGCGUCGGAAGGAGAGGAGGACUGGGUUGCUCAUUUUGACCACAAGAAUGUCCGUCUGACUGCUUCCGUCUACUUCGGCGACAUCAAGCUGCGCUCCAAGUCCACCGUCACCGAACCCCGUCUUAAAGACAAGAAACAGAACCUGCAGUCCAACCUGGGCGAGUAUGUGGACACCUACUCCAUCGAGUUUAAGGAGGAUCUGGUCUUCAACAACCUGGACCCUUCACAGUUCCACGGAGUGGACUUCGGGCCGGACAGUCAGCCGUACGCCAUCGUCAGGGCUAGCUACAGGGGCAAGGGGGAGGACGACAAAGCCUCGGUCCCCGUGAACCUGGGCUGGGUGAAGAUCCCGGUGUACCGGCAGGAGCUAUCCCAGGAUGCUGCGGGGGAGGGGGGACCCCCCAUGAGGGGCGCGCGGCCGCACUGGGACGUCAUCGAGGGCGAACAGACCAUCACAGUCGUCCCCGGCAACGUCCCCGAGACUGCCGUCGGCAAGGUGCCAAGGUCGUUCACUGAUAAAGAUGUGGUGCGGGAGGGUUCCAUGCUGUAUGCGACCGUGUUCGACCCCAGCGCUGACCAGAAGGGGGAGGACAGCGAUGCAGAGGAGGAAAGUGAUGCUGAUGUGGUCCCGACUGUGGACUCCGACCCCUUCGUGUUCUUUAACCCUGAGACAGCCGAGGACCAGCCUCCCGUUCCCGACAACUCCGAGGGCAUCGACCUCUACGUGGACCGUGUCCAGUUCAUCCCCGACAACGCAACCAUCAUCAAGGUGACGGGUCGGGUGAUGAAGUCCAACCUGGACAACCUGCCGGACAUCUCUGCGUUUGCGGAGCUGGACAGCUCGGCUCGGAGCCCGCAGCUCGCCUACAGACUCCCGCUCAACACUGACCCUGACAACAGGAAGCCGAUGUCCCAUGAUGCCUUGGUGCUGCUGCGUGUCUACACGGUCGACAAGGACUCCAAGACGCUGCUGGUGAUCGGAAGCUGUCUCUUCCCGCUCUUCGUGGAGGAAGAUGGACAGACCAGGUUCAAUGUCGGAGGUCAUCAGCUGAGGCUCCGCAGGGGGAUGCCAGACACCAAGAAGCCGCUUUUAGCCUCGUCGUUAGACAACGUCAUCCCCGUGCCCGGAGCCUCCAUUCUCCUCAGGCUCAUGCCACACGGAGAGGAGAUGAUCCCUGCGCCCCCGUACAAGAGUGGUUUCUACCACUCGGAGAAGAGCCGACCUAACCUGUCGGAGAUGCGGAUCCUGCGGGACUUCCAGAGCGACACGCUGUUCCCGCUGUCCGUACGGGAGGCCAUCCACCGCCUGCAGAUCGCACAGGGCAUGCCCCCCGCUGAGGAAGAAUCUGAUGCAGCCCUGGAACAAUGGUACAGAGACAGGCUGGAUGCGAAGAAGCACCUCCCUCCCCGCACCCCGGCCAGCCACAGUGACCUGCUGAGGGCCGUCAGGUACCACAUCCAGACUGGCAUCGGCAUCCAGGUGGAGCAGGCACACGGGGUCAACGGUGAGGGCCUGUAUGUGAACGUGUUUGCUCGCGUCUCACCUGGAGCGGAGGCACGUGAGUUGGAGAACACACCUGAAGGCUACGGCGGGGAGGAUAAGAUCAUCACCACCAAACACGACUUCACCAGCCUGCAGAAGUCACCAAAGUGGCUGGACCCUCCCUCAAUCAUCCACCCUCACCUUGAGCCGAACACGUGCCUGCUGAUCCAGGUGUUCGGACUGGACGCGGUGUACACACCUCAUCCUGACGGCACCGAGCGGGGUACGGUCACCGGGAAACGGGGACAGGAUGUACGGCUCACCACCGAGUCUCAGCUGGGCUGGACGGCCGUGCCGCUGUUCGACAGGGGAUGUGUGAUGGCAGGCGUCCACAACGUUCCACUGUUUAUGGGGAUGCCCAGUACUGAGUUUCUGACCAACAUAGCUGUGAAGUCUGUAGAGUUGAGUAUGAAAGAAGCCCUGAACACAGGCAGUGACAGACUGUGUAAGGAGUACUCCUCGCUGGUGGUGAAGGUGUACGACGCUCACUACAACCCUGAGGAGUGCAUCCCCAUCCCUAUCCGAGAUGAGCUGUUGAAGAUUGACAACGUCAGUAAGUUUAAGAAGACGAUGGGAGGAGUGAAGAGCAAACCUCUGUCUCAACUGGUUCUGCAGUCACUCGACAAAAAGUUACAGAAGCAGGGUACCAGUAGUGAGGUGUACCAGAGGGAGGAGGGUUUCUAUGACGAGGCCAUGGGAGAAACCUUCUACAACCUCAUGGAGAAUGCACUGAUGAAUGCUGGGUAUGGACCCUUGUGAGCAUGUGCGGCUGCGACUGGUUCGUCCAAUGGGAGGCCUCCAUUCUACUCAUGUCUAAUUUUCGUAUAUGUAACGUAAAUUGUCUACUACAUGACGUGUAUUACAGUAUCUAGUGAGGCUAAAAUCACUUUCAACUGUAUUAUACAGCAAUUUAGUCAUACGUUGUUUGUUGUGUAUUGUCUUCAUGUAAUAAGCAAGAGGGAAAAAUCGGUCAUUCUUUUCUUCAAGAGUAAACUAAGGUGCAAUCCUGUCAAAAUCAAAUUGAAAUUUAAAUCAAUGUAAUUUAAACAGUUACUUCAUGGAUGAUUUAGAUGUUUGUUGUCGUGUUAUUUUGUUCCGUGUUACGUAAAAUAAAUGUAUCCAACGAACUCCUUUUUUGUCAUUGUUUGUUCACUAAUCUAUUUAUAAUAAUAUUUAUUUCUGCAUUAUUUUGCAGUGGAGAGAUCACCAAAAAAACAAAUCCACUGCAACAGUUCAAGAUUUGUCGUAGGAUAACUGGUUUAGCAAUCAUUGAUUGUUGAAUUGAUUAUUAUUUUUCAUUACCAGACUUUUCUGUUACAGUAGCAACCCGAGUAGUAGAGUCAAUAAGGAAAAAAAUCGGUCAUGUUCUAAAAUCUUUUAUGUCUAAAUUUCUUAUUUGUUUACAACAGGCUCCAGGCCAAAGAAAACAAAAACAUAAACAAA